CAGCGUGCCGGUCUCAAAAGCACCUGCUCGCCAACGUCUACUUUGAUCGCGGGUUGCUCCCAUAAGCUCACCAAUUCACAACCCUUCCUAUUUCCCUGGCGAGUCUAGAGCCAUUGAGCACCGACCUCCCAACAUGGCCCCCAAACCAUCGAAAUGGGCUACAGGUGACGACAACGACGCGGCCGCCGCGCAGGCAGAGCGGAAGAGGGAGAAAGCAGAAAGAAAAAGACUCAAGGAGGAGAAAGCGCGCAACGCAGUUCCGUCAACCACGCCAUUCCCCUCCGCGGCGGACGACAAUGAGCGACCUACCAAACGCCCGCGCACGUCUUCUUUCGACGAGGAAGAGAACGGAGCGGCGCCGGCAGUACAGCCCCAGGUGGAAGGCGAGGAGGAAGGCGCACACCUGCUACGAUUCCCCAGCCGACAAUUCGGUCCCUGCGGCCACGUCGACCAAUUCGAGAUGCUGAACAAGAUCGAAGAAGGCUCCUACGGCGUCGUCGCGCGAGCACGGAGGAAGACUUCGGGCGAGAUCGUUGCCCUCAAGAGAUUGAAGAUGGACCAUACCAACGACGGCUUCCCCGUGACGGGACUGCGCGAGAUACAGACGCUGAUGGCGUGUCGGGACGCGAACGUGGUCAAAUUGCUCGAGGUGGUCGUGGGCGACAGUUUGAAAGAUGUCUGCCUCGUGAUGGAGUUCCUCGAACACGACCUCAAGACCCUCCUCGACGAGAUGGCCGAGCCGUUCCUGCCCUCGGAGACCAAGACGCUCAUGCUCCAGAUCGUCUCAGGCGUCGAGUACCUCCACAGAAACUGGAUCUUGCAUCGCGACCUCAAGACCUCGAACCUCCUCCUCAACAACCGCGGUGAGGUCAAGCUGGCCGACUUCGGCAUGGCGCGAUACACGUCGAAUCCUCCCCCGAAACUGACCCAGCUGGUGGUGACGCUGUGGUACCGCGCGCCCGAGCUGCUGCUGGGAGCGGAAGAGUAUGACUUUGAAGUCGACAUCUGGAGUCUGGGCUGCAUCUUCGCCGAACUGCUCACCAAGGAACCCUUGUUCCAGGGCCACAACGAACUCGACCAGCUCUCCAAGAUGUUCAGCCUCCUCGGGACUCCCACGCGGGAAGCAUGGCCGGGUUUCCGCUCCCUCCCCAACACCCGAGCACUGCACCCUCUCCUGUCCUCCCCCAAAAGCGCGACGCGCUCGUCCCUCACGGCCUCCAAAUUCCCAUACCUCACCAGUGCAGGCCUGCGGCUCCUCUCCUCCCUCCUCUCGCUGAAUCCGGCUUCUCGACCCCGAGCCGCAGAGAUCCUUAACCACCCUUACUUCAGGGAAGACCCGCGGCCCAAGUCGAAGGAGUUGUUCCCCACUUUCCCAAGCAAGGCGGGCCAGGAGAAGAGACGGAAAAAGGAGACACCGCAAGCACCCGUCAGGGGCGAUGCGCCGAGGCUGGACGAGAAGGAGGUCGAAUGGAUCUUCAAAGGGUGGGACGCAGAGGGGGAGGAAAAGGGAGGCGGUUUUGCUUUGAGACUGGGAUAGAACGAUGCUGGGAUUUCGUGGGAAUGAAUAAAGAGCAAGCAUGGCGUGGCAUGCCCGAAUCAUGGGGCUGGCGGAUACAUACAUGGAAAACGGGCUCGAGGGAGUUCAAUGGUUGUUGCGGAAUGUAAUGCCGUUCAAUGGUUUGGUCAUCUUUGGGCGCUCUAUUGGAUUUCUAUCUAACCAGAGCGAGUACCCAGGCUUACACAUAUGUCCAUCUCGAUGCAUAUGAGAUGCCCUCUCCACAUGUUUCAACCUUCUAGUCCUUCUGCG